GCCCAUUUCCAACUACUCAAAUGGGAACUGCUCACUAUCUACUCUCUCUAACCCCGUGGAUCGCCUGAAGUGGAUGGAACAAAAAAAUCCGAACAACCUAUCCAGCAUCCCUGAUUUUGUGGUCAAAGUGCCAAGAACUUCGAGUAGUAACCAAAGUGUUGGCUCUAAAAAUACUUUCCAAGUUAUUGUCCCGCAAGAAUCCAAUAUCGAGCUUGUGACGAAGCAGCAUUUCUGGCGCCAGUCCGCCUUACCUGACACAUCUGUCACCAACCGGUCCGAUGCUUGGCACUCACCGGACAUACACAUCGACUAUGCUCAGAUAGAUCCACCGAAACCCGACUGGCUCCAUCGCUUACAAGAUCUGCCGCCUAUUUACGGGCAAGUCCUGAUGGCCACCACCAGAAGCUAUGGUCUGGACACAGAUACGAUUUACCGAAUUUUCUUAUCUUCCGGUCUUGAUCUUCGAGUUCUGCAGCAUAUUUGGUCUUUGGCGAAUCGAUCCCAUCCCGGGUGGCUUACACCAUCCGAAUUGGUCAUGGCACUGGCCUUGAUCGCACUUGCCCAACAAGACUAUUUUUGCUUACAUCAACCAACGGAUUCCAUCAUUACCAACCUAUCCGUGCAACGGGCGUAUCAGUGCUCUGCACCACCACUUCCGAAUGUGGCGCUACCAAGUCCGCUCGACACAUUGUCUUAUGAUAACUUCACCGAACAUUUUCGAGCAACGGAUCCCAACGUGCCUAUCCAAAACCCUGUCCACUCUUCUUUGAAUGGAGUUUGCAACUUCCAAAUUUCCAAUGCUGCUUGUUUACGGUCGUCAGCUCCCAUUACCACUCCCCAGGCUAAUGAUGAGGAUUGGGCCGAUUUCACGUCGUGUAAGCCAUCGGGUUUUGGGUUGCCAUCUUGGCCUGCGCCAUCAGCUACCGUUGUUUCUCCAGUAAAAUUCCAACUGGAGUCGAACCUGAUGGAGGAUGAACAGUGUCCUACUGCGCCACACGAAGAUGAUUUCGGUGAAUUUCAAGUUGGCGGAAGCGUUAAAAGGAUUCUUAUGCCCCCUGGGAUGCCUUCUAACGCCGCUCCUUCUUCGAAGGAUCCCGAGCUUCAGCUUGGAGUCGGUACUUUACCAAAUUAUAAUCUAUCGGCCGAUUUUGAGUCUUACGAAAGCCCGAGGGAUACCGUGAAAUACGAAUGGAUGCGCUGUUUGCGGCAGUGUUCUGACGUUUUUGUCCAAUCACUUGAUGCACUGACGUCUCUUACCUCAGCGGCAGAUCUGGAAGAAUUCAUUGGAACGGCUGAGGCUCGUGACUUCUGUUUGGAUGUGCACCUUCGUAUCUCGCAGACUACACUAUCCCUCCUUGUUCGGCGCUGCUGCUUCUGCGUUUUCGCCUGAAAACCCGUGUUACCUGAUUCUGUUUACUCUCUU